AUGUCUACUAGUCAUGGCCACAAAUCCACUGCCGAAGAAGUCGCAAACCAAAGACGCCAACUCAUCCUCGUUGUCUCGGGCGAAUCCAGCCCCCAGGUAGCAGAUCGUCUCUCAGCAGAGAUAGGUGUAAACUAUAUUGGUGGCACUAGCAUCCUCAGGGAAUGCAACGAGAACAGCGAUCAAGCAAAAGAGCUCGCAGAGGUAUGUCAGAAGAUCUCGGAGCACACGGGGAUUGCAAUCCUUACACUGCCCGAAUACACAUUCCCGCUGAAGCAGCUCAGACAGGCGGUGCCGAAGGAUGUGGACGUUAGAUUUAUCAUCUGCGAUAAUGAUGAUGGUGCCGGUGCAUUGGAGGAGAGUGGGGUGAGUGGAUGUCGGUUUUUGAGGGUGGUAGUGGAUGAAGAUCAUGGGGGCGUCGAGGACGUUGUCAGAAAGAUUGAAGCAGAGCUUUGGGGAGCUGGUGCAAGAGAUCAAUUUCUAAAGACUGCUUCACAGAAUAUCAUUCGGGGUUGGCAUAAUAUGUGUGCGUCUAAGGUGUCUUUCGAAACCGUCUCGCGCCCAUUCACACCCACAAUAGUAAGGGCUUGGACCGAGCCACCACCGAAAAAGCAGGCUCCAGCACCCCCCUUCCCGCCGAGCUCGAAGCAACAAACACCCGUAGCCCCGACCAAACCCACUACAGAUCUACGUUACCCGGUGCCGCAGCUACUAACUUACGAUUCUUCCAUCGUUACUUCGACCGAACUAGUAGCAUCUCCCACCAAGGAGCUUCGAUAG